AUGGCCGUACGGGAGGCAUGGGAUGGGUGCACCCAUAGCCUGUCCCCUGCGAUAGUCUCGCUGCAUGAUUCCUUCCGCCUUCUUCGCAGCCACCUUCAGGGCUUCUUGGACACAGCCAGCGAGAAGAAGGUGGUGCUAUGGGUUCCCGACACCAUCCCCGUUGGGCCAGAGGAACCCUUGAAUUGGACCUUCACAGGCUCUGGCAAGUGCAAGGUCCUACCAGAUCAUUUGCAGACGCUGGAGACAUUGACUGCAGCCGGGGUGGUUGGACAGGACCUUGAUGAAGCAGGGGUCCGUGCUUGGCUGGCGGCGCACGCCGGCAAAGAAUGCGCUGUAGGACGUGUUAGAGGCGUGCCGUCGCAUUUUACGGUCAUCCAGGAUGGUGACUGCCCGCACAGAGAUAACGUGGAAACGCUGCAAGUCUCUUCUGUCCGUGAGGGUGAGAAGGUUACGUUCCUGCAGCAGUCCACGGUGAUUCCGCUACACGCGGAGGGUGAGGUCGAAGCUUUUUUCUCGCAAGAACCUCUGGUGGUGGCGCUGGUCAGGCCACUCAGCAUAGCUGAGAUUGCUGAGGAUGCAAGUGACUCUGUCUGCAUAACCUGGGCAGCCCUGCAGCUGGACGAGACCGCCGGCUACCUUUGCGCUGACCGUUGGGGCGCCUGCCGCUUCCCAGUAGGCUUCGGGCGCCCGGAGUUGCCAGAGGAAAAGGCUGUGCAUGACCUGGAUGCAAGAACAGGAGCUUCCCUGAAGUUCACGCUGCUCAAUCGCCAGGGGCGUGUUUGGACUCUGAUCGCAGGGGGCGGCGCAAGCGUUGUGUACACAGACACCAUCUGCGAGUACGGCUACGCCAAGGAGCUCGCCAACUAUGGUGAGUAUUCCGGCGACCCUCCCGAAGAAUUUGUGUAUGAGUAUGCCAAAGUAAUUUUGGGAGUCAUGACUUCCUCGCCCGAGCCGCACGGGAAGAUCCUGUUGAUCGGGGGUGGCGUGGCCAAUUUCACAGAUGUUGCCAGCACCUUUAAGGGCCUAGUGAAGGCAUUGAAGGAGUUCGGUGCCGCAUUGAAGGCCUGCGGGACGACUGUGUGGGUUCGUCGUGGCGGGCCUAACUAUGCGGAGGGCUUGGCAAACAUGCGAAAGACUUGCGAGGAGAUCGGUAUCCCAGCGAAGGUGUAUGGGCCAGAGGCCCACCUCACCUCAAUUGUUCGAGACGCCCUUCUGGACAAAGAAGCCAGAAAUUCCAGCACUCCUGCUGCAGCCGAAGUCAAGAUCCAGCAAGCUAGCUCUGCCAAGAGGCAAAGACGAGGCAGCAACAGCCUCAUGGAGUUCACUGCCGAGACGCAGGCCUUCGUGUAUGGAAUGCAGACGAAGGCAGUCCAGCGGAUGUUGGAUUUCGACACGCUUUGCGGCAGAAAAGGUCCCAGCGUGGCUGCCAUCGUGAAUCCGACCGGUGAGGCUACGUUUGAAAAGUUCAUGUUUGGCUCGGCGGAUGUCUUGAUCCCAGUGUACACGUCUCUGGCGGAUGCUGUGGAAAAGCAUGGGAAAACACCCAAGAUGCUGGUGAACUUCGCUUCCUUCCGCUCUGUUUACAGUGCCACCAUGGAUGCGCUGAAGUAUGCUAGCGUGAUCAAGACACAUGCUAUCAUCGCAGAAGGCGUUCCUGAGGCCCUGACGCGGCGUUUGCACUACGAAGCGGAAAAAGUGGGGGUCGCCAUCAUUGGGCCAGCUACGGUGGGGGGCAUGAUGCCUGGCCGCUUCCGCAUUGGCAACGCAGGUGGUGCUGUUGAGAACCUAGUGCUGGCAAAGCUGUACCGUGCUGGUUCCGUUGGCUACACCACUAAGUCGGGCGGCAUGUCCAAUGAGCUUAACAACAUCGUAGCACUCAACACCGACGGUGUGAGAGAAGGCAUCGCGAUCGGAGGUGACAGGUGGCCUGGGCUUCGUUUCCUCGACGUGUUGCUCCGCUUUGAGGCCGAUCCGGACAUCAAGAUGAUGGUGUUGCUGGGAGAGGUCGGCGGCCGCGAGGAGUUCCUUGUGGCAGAAGCCAUCCAGGAUGGUCGAAUCACAAAGCCACUUGUCUGCUGGUGCUGUGGCACGGCUGCAGAGGCCUUCGACUAUGAUGUGCAAUUCGGCCAUGCAGGUGCACGAGCUCGUGCUGCUGAUGAGACUGCUGGGGCAAAGAACCGGGCUCUUGCACAGGCAGGCGCCCAUGUGCCACGCAGCUUCGACGAGUUUGGCGACCUCAUUGCCUUGGUUUACCAAGCACUCGUUAAGGCCGGUGCGAUCGUGCCUGCUAGUGAGCCUCCCGUCCCGAAGCUUCCCAGUGACUAUGAGUCGCUUCGAAAGAAAGGCUUGGUGCGCAAGCCGGCAAACUUUGUUUGCUCCAUCUCCGAUGACCGUGGGGCAGAACCCACGUAUGCUGGGGUCCCUAUAUCUGAGAUCGCCAAGGAUGAGGAACUGGGCAUUGGUGGUGCCAUCUCCCUGCUUUGGUUCAGGAAGAGGCUCCCACGCUAUGUCUCCAAGUUCAUCGAGCUAUGUGUGGUUGCGACCGCAGAUCAUGGUCCUUGUGUGUCUGGCGCGCACAACACCAUCGUGGCAGCACGAGCUGGAAAGGAUCUGGUUUCCUCGCUCAUCUCUGGUUUGGCAACCAUAGGUCCUCGUUUCGGUGGUGCGCUGGACGAUGCAGCGCGGAUGUUUGCUGCAGCCUUGGACGGAAACCUCACUGCUGCGGCGUUCGUUGAAAAGUGCAAGCAGGACAAAACCGUCAUCAUGGGCAUCGGGCAUCGGGUCAAGUCAUUGGACAAUCCGGACGCGCGGGUCGUUCUUAUCAAGGAGUAUGCAAAGGCUCACUUCCCUGCCACGCCUCUCCUGGAUUUUGCUUUGGCAGUGGAGCAGAUCACCACCCGGAAAAAGGCCAACCUUAUUCUGAAUGUUGAUGGCUGUAUCGCCGUUUGCUUCGUGGACUUGCUGCGGGGCUGCGGUGCUUUUACGAGGAGCGAGGCUGAUGAGCUGGUCUCCAACGGGGUGCUCAACGGUCUCUUCGUCUCGUCACGGACCAUCGGCCUGGUGGGCCAUUUCCUGGAUCAGAGACGUCUGAAGCAGCCGCUUUACAGACAUCCCUAUGACGAUGUCACGUACCUCACCGAUGGUUAA